CCCCUGAUUGAUUUCAGAUUUUAACCGACUUGGUGCAAGGAGAAUUCAUGCAGCUGGGCUCGAGGGAAACGGAGAACGAGCGCUUCGCGCACUAUCUGACCAAGACAUACAGGAAGACCGCAUCGCUGAUUGCCAAUGCGUUGAAGGCGACCGCAGUUAUCGCCCAGGCCGAUGACAAUGUUGCGGAGGUGGCAUUCCAAUACGGACGCAAUAUCGGGCUGGCCUUCCAGCUGGUGGACGACAUGCUGGACUUCGUCUCCUCCACGGAGCAGAUGGGCAAGCCGACGGCAGCUGACUUGAAACUGGGCCUGGCCACGGCGCCGGUUCUCUUUGCAUGCGAAAAGUAUCCCGAGCUCAAUCCGAUGGUGAUGCGUCGCUUCAGCGAACCGGGCGAUGUGGAGCGGGCCUUCGAGCUGGUUCAUAAGUCGCAUGGACUCGAGCAGACGCGCUUCCUGGCCAAGAAGCACUGCAACGAAGCGAUACGGCUGGCCCAGGAGCUGACGGAGUCGCCCUACCAGAAGGGCCUCCAGGUCGUCGCCGACUUAGUCAUCAAUCGCAUGAAGUAGAGCUCUUCAGACAUCUAUACAAAUUAAUAUAUAUAUAUGUAUACAUAGUCCUAAGUUAGAAGCAGGCAGCAGCGCAUAGUGCUAGAUAGGUCAGCAAAUGAGAGCGACAACUACACAUUUGUAAAAAGAAACUAGAAAAUCUACAAAAAGAAAAGAAAAGAAAAGAAAAAG